GUAUAUGGUGCCUGCAGCUGGCUGCACUGACUCUGACCCAGUGGCUUGGCUGCCAAGAGGAGGUAAAGAAAAUCGCGGCAGACUUUAUCCCACAUUGUGCUGCUUAUUGCUUUAAAAACGUUGACGAUCAGAAAAUAAUUAAACGAUGCGUUUUAAAGUAAUUGGAAGUGCUUGGAAUAUACCUAAUAUUGAGUUACUGUGGUUAGUGGAGAACGCCGUAUGCAACUGAACCUUUGCCGUUCGUUUCAUUAUGAAUCGUUUUAAACAUUGAUUGGCAACACUGAACGACUGAGACCAUAAUCCAGUGGAAUGGCAAAUAGAGAGUUCGAUGCUAUUUAAGAGAUCGUGACACGAUCUGGAAGUUUGGAGUUGCUCUCUGAGGACAGUAUUUGAUCGUAUUCUGCAAAACAGGUACUAUUCUUGGCAACUGGCGCUUUCCGAAAUUUUAACAAAACAGACUGUCUGAUGUGUGUCUGGUCGAGGUGAAUUAACACGGGGACUGCGGAAAACCGAAGCAUCUCAUACAGCUCAUCUAAAAAGCAAGAAGUCAUGAUGAAGACUAUUUCUAGUGUGAACUGUACACUUAGUGUCCCAGCUAAGAACUCUUACCGUAUGGUGGUUCUUGGAGCCUCCAGGGUGGGAAAAAGCUCCAUUGUUUCCCGAUUUCUGAAUGGGAGAUUUGAAGACCAAUAUACGCCGACCAUUGAGGAUUUUCACCGCAAGCUGUACAACAUAAGGGGGGACAUGUACCAGCUUGACAUCCUUGAUACAUCUGGGAACCAUCCUUUCCCAGCCACAAGAAGGCUCUCAAUACUAACAGGUGAUGUGUUUAUACUUGUAUUUAGCUUAGAUAAUCGAGAGUCAUUUGAUGAAGUGAAGAGGCUACGAAAGCAAAUCCUAGAAGUAAAGUCUUGUGUAAAGAACAAGACAAAAGAGACCGGAGAAUUUCCCAUGAUGAUCUGUGGCAACAAGAGUGAUUAUGGCGACCACCACCGCAAGGUACGCACAGAAGAGGCAGAACGUCUGGUGUCAGGGGAUGAAAAUUGUGCUUACUUUGAAAUCUCUGCAAAGAAGAACUCAAAUGUUGACAAGAUGUUUCAAGUCCUUUUCAGCAUGGCUAAACUUCCCAAUGAGAUGAGUCCAGCUCUUCACCGUAAAAUCUCCAUGCAGUAUGGAGACGCUUUCCAACCAAAGUCGUUCAGGUUGAGAAGGCUGAAAGAGAUGGGUGCCUAUGGCAUGGUCUCUCCUUCUGCUAGACGCCCCAGUGUAAACAGUGAUCUCAAGUACAUAAAAGCUAAAGUUCUGGGAGAAGGACAAGGGCGGGAGAGGGAAAAAUGCUCUGUUCAGUAACUGUCCUAUAUCCGAGUGCAAACUGAAGUGCCUUUAGGCAUGGGAGAAACCCACUGUAAAUGAAGAACCUUAAAGAAAGUAUACAUAUUUCUUUAUGGACAAAAGGCAACUCAUAGACAAUUGCUGAAGCUUAAAGUUGUGUACCUGUUUUUGGCUCUACCUAAUGGACAUAAAUUCUGAUUUAGAGUUAUAGGUCAUAGGAACUAAAAUGUAAAUAAUUUCAUCACAUAAUGUUUGCUGAGUAUGAACAUAAUUUUUUCUUGUUCUCAAUUCAUUGAUCUGUAAAUGGAGAUCUUGAGUAUGUACAGAACAAUUAAUAUAUUUUAUUACAUUUAUGUGGACCAUGCAGUCUUGUACAAAUUAAAUCCUGGAAUUGUUUAAGUGAAGCGACAUUAAUGGCCCUGCACACAGACUACUGAAUUAGAUACUGUUAUUUUGGAAUUUACAAGGAAAGCAUGUAAAUAAAUAUGGCUUACUAAAAAACAUAUAAA